AUGCUAUCGCCACGUUCCCAACUAUACUUAUCUAAUAAAAGGUCCCGCUCGCCUCAAGACAAGUCGUUAAUAGAGCAUACGUUGGCUAAAGAGCCAUACUCAUCCCAUGAACCUUGUGCUGUGUAUGAAUGGAUGCAUGUUAUGCCCUACACUCGCAACCCCUGGACUGAACUAGACCGAAAGAAACCCGGGUUUUUGGUCUUUACUAUCCUUGCUUGUGUGGGAGUAUUAAGCCAGCUUAUCAAUGCCACCCAAAAACAAAGUGACAAGCCCCGAAAACGAGGCACGAAGCGUACUCAUGAAAGUGCCAAUUUACCUAUGGCCAAUCCCAGCCCCAGCACUUCUAACUGUGUUGAUAAUAAGGAUACACAGCCUCACAACUUCGUCAUACCUCUGCUAGAUCGCAAACAACUAAUUGACACCCUGCGCCGCUGUUGGUUUGAUACUUCGCAGACUAACCCAAGCCGGACACUAUAUAAAAUCAAAAACACUAUGGAUUCGGUCUUUUAUAUCAUCCUGACCCACGAACAAAUAGAAGGAUAUAUGAUACCAAACGGUUUCAUGAUGUUUUAUAUGUCUCGUCACACUCUAACCAAUAACCAGCCCGAUUGCCCGCCGGUUAUUGGGUGUAAAAUUGAUAUAAUGAGGAACAAUGCCGCGAUGCAUACAAUUUCGUCGAUUGAUACUACCUUAGAGGCACUCUUUGCGGCAAACCCAAAUGCCGGCAACUUUCCAGUGAUCCUCGAGUGGUUAGUGUAUAACGAUAAGGCCAAUCUUACUCCUAGUGCUCUUCUGGAGCAUGGAAUGUGUGGUCUAGCAUCCACUAAUGCAACACUUCUCAUUGUUAAUCCGCCGAACACAUUUACAAUUCAUUCUUCCCGCCCAGCGAAGCCGAAACCAUCUAAAACGCCUCUUCCCCAGAUGACGAAGAAGUCUCGUAUUAAGAUUCGAGAAUCACCCAUUAUCUACUUGAAGUUUAUAAAUAACCACAAGCACCGCUUUUUUAACAUCACUAUCUUGAUACAUAGUAUUACGAAUCAGAGCUCAACCUUGCCCCAUCAGGUUUUAACUACUGAACAAACGCACAAACUCUCCGAAUCUGAAAAGCAUGACUUAAAAAAAGGCUCAUACCAAUGUGGGCACCUGUAUUACUUCUUCCAUUCCGAUCUGCGGUUCUUUGGUGUCGUAUGUCUCGAUAACAGCGUGACUAUAAGUCUGUGCCAUGUUAUUCCUGAGUCUUGGGCUCGAAAUAAGCCUGACCUGCCCCGGGAGUUGGAGAAGCUCAUUAUUUAUAUGCCAUACACUGUCGAUAGUUUACUAAUGAGGCCUGUAAGUCUUCCUGUUAAAUUCUUUGCUAUCUGCCAUCCGGGCUCCUCGAGGUUUCUGGCUGCCAUGCAAAUGGCUAUGCUCACCACUAAUGAAGUGACCACCGCAAUGAUCUAUCUCUCAAAAGGCUACAUUAAGAUCACUUACAACUCUAACGCCAUAACCAAGAUUCACGCAAAUACAUUUGAGCAGUCCACCGACCUAGCAUCCACCGUCCGUGCAUUUAAAUGGCUUCAGCCGCACGCAAUCAACUUAAAACUAACAAUGAGACAUACCAUAGCCUCUCCAAUCCCAGAGAUUAGUUUAAAUAAGCAGGCAAUUCCAGACAAGUGGACUCAAGCUAUAAUCCAUAAGAAGUUGCCAGCAAUAGUCCCAUUAGACUACGAUGCCAUUGUUUCUCUAGUCCGCGAACAUUUCAAUAUCAAUCCUAACCCAAUGCCAUAA